AUGACCACAACCCCCAUCAAAACCCGCAUCCUUAUUCUCUCCGACACCCACGCGGCGCUUCCACAAGGCUACCAACCCGAAACGCAAGUCGACCCCGACCCCAGCUUCGACCCUGUGGCCCAGACCCGACGAGACCAUCAAUCGCCUCAACAGCAAUCCAACAAAAAUGAAGAGGCUGAGACUCUCCCCUUCAGCCAUCCCUUACCUCGCGCAGACGUCCUCCUCCACUGCGGCGACUUGACCAUGAACGGCUCCAUCGAACAACACGCCCGGGCUCUGAGGCUGAUCAAAUCCGUCGACGCCGACUUGAAGAUCGUGAUUCCAGGAAACCACGACAUCACACUGGACCGGCCGUACUACGAGAACCAUCCGACCCUGCACGCCUCGUGGGCCAAAUACUCGCCCGAGACACUCGACAUGAUUCGCGACAUGUAUGUCGGGCAGGAGGCGAGGAGUGCCGGGAUCCGCUAUCUCGAGGAAGGGGUGGGCGAGUAUGUGCUUGAGAAUGGGGCGCGGUUGGGUGUCUAUGCCAGUGCGUAUCAGCCGGAGUUUUGGUGUUGGGCGUUUGGCUAUGAGAGGGAGGUUGAUCGGUAUAAUCCGACGAAGCGGACGGGUGUCGAGGAAGGGAAGGAGGAGGAGAGUACUAAAUUGAAGACGAAGACGAAGGACGACUAUGAUUCUGGCUCUGGCUCUGGUUCAAGUGCUGACCAGGAUGAGAAACCGAAGAAUCCUGUACCGGAUUUCAACCCGGAUUAUUACAAUUACAAUCACACCACGGAAUAUCGACGAGAUGCUGAACGAGAUCGCAUCGGGUCUAGAAGAGGUGGUGACUCUGAUGCAGAAGAGUUGGCUGGACGAAGUCGUCGUGAAGAUCGCGAUGGCCAUGUCGACUGGAGGAAGAGCAAGGGUCAAGAUGAGCCGGGGCAGAACGAGGACGGCCACAUAAGGACUGAAGCGGCUGUUACUGUUACAUCUACGGCUACAGAUUCUACCGAUAUUGACAAACACGACAUGAAUCGUGAAGAUGAAGAUGAAGAUGAGAAUGAAGACGAAGACGAAGAAGGAAAACGAAAACGAAUAGGAAUUGAUAUCAUGCUCACCCACGGCCCUCCACAAGGCAUCCUCGACUACACGUCUACCGGCCAGCAUGUCGGCUGCGACCACCUCCGCAAGGCCGUCCAGCGGUGUCGUCCUCAGGUGCAUUGUUUCGGACAUAUCCACGAAGCAAGGGGCGCGGUGCGGAAGAGAUGGCAUGUCGAAGACGACAAUGUGUCUGAAACGAGCGUCACUCCCUCGUCCGAGCUAGCCCAGACUCAAACUGAAACACAAACCCAGACCCAAACUGAAACCCAGACUCAAACCCAGGCGAACUGCAGGCACAGUUACAUCGAUGCCGUGGAUCUGCAGUCCAAGUUCGGGCAAGAGACACUGUUUGUCAACGCGAGUAUUAUGGACUUGCAGUAUAAGCCGUCUCAUGCGCCUUGGGUGGUGGAUUUGAUGUUACCGCCGGCCGCUUCUUCAACAACGACAACAACAACGACGACGGAGUCAUGA